GGGUGCGAAUAAUAUCGCUGCGCCAUCACCGGAAUUUGCUCUGCUGCCCGGUCGUGACCGUAAUGCCAGGUAUGUGCGGAAAUAUUCCAUCAUCAAAGAAAAGGGGGGAAGGAUUUGUGACAUUACCACCUCCCCCCCCCCCCCCCCCGAAUCGAUAAACUUCAGGUCGCAGUUCGGUACGGCGGAAAUGUAAAUCCCCCGGUCCCGUGAAGUUUGACGAGUGUGAUCACGACUGCGAUUCGCCUAUAUAAGCGCUGGCGUUUGGGGGCAGCCGUCAAAAGACGCUGAGAAGAAAAGCGCAGAAAAAGAGAGAGCGAGCGAUCGAUCAGCGCAAUGUUAGGAAUGGAGAAGUCCGUCAAGUUCGCCUUAGUGGUGGUAGCGAUCUCCGUGCUCAUUUCCUGCCAUCCUACAGAAGCGUGGUACAAGCAGGCAACCGGUCCGAGCUAUUAUUCCGUAGGCAGAGCUUCUGGUCUGCUGUCCGGCAUUCGGAGGUCGCCCUACAUCAGGAGAUCCGAGCCCGAAGCGGACAGCGGAGAGACGGCAGCUAACGGUGGGACUGCGGACUUCAGUAGCCGGCAGAACGCCGUUCUGAAAAAUCUGGCGGUGUGUGUGAGGGACAUCUCCCCGAACCUGCAGAGCUGCCAGCUAGUCCAGGACGGAACCAGCACGUUUCAGUGCAAAGCGGACGUGAUCCUGUCGCUGGACUCCAGGGACUGCAGCGGCGCCUGAGCCUCCAGACCCCGGAGAACUGUCGCGAUGGACCGAUCACGCUGAAUGUUUCAUUUUACGCCACAAAUGUGAUGGUUAGCAACCUUUAAAAAUAAUCCAAAGUACGGUAUGUUGCGAGAUGUUUGUAUGAAUCGCCAACCAUCGCCCACGCACCAAUUUCCCCCUCUCUUCCCACUGUAGAUUAUUAAAUGAUCAUACGUUGUUCACUGCUGCGCAGCGCGCUCAGAGAUUGUUUCUUUAUUUUUAUUAAAAUUUACAUACCAUUAAA